AAGACCUCCAAGAGGCCCCCAAGAGGCCCUCCAGAUGUUUCCGCAGCCAUUUGGUCUCAAGUCAUUUUUGGCCCUUGCGUCCACUUGGACAAGGCAGUCUGCGCUACACAACAUGACCCCCACCCCUCGAGGCCCUGUAGUGAUGGCGAGCCUCGCUGGCGUCAGGCUCCCAGCCGUCGGCGAGCAGCUCCCGCAAUCAGGGCCUGCGCUGGCGUGGGCAGAGGCAGCCAGCGCGGCGCCCACACUGAGGCAGCCCUCGACUCCCAGGAUGGCCCGCGGGCGCCAUGGCGCGGGCAAGUGGCUUCAGCACCCCGAUCAGCCAGGCAGGCUGGCUGGCGGCCACAGGGGUGCUGUGCCCGGCUCCGGCGCCCCCUCCUUGGGCAGGAUCCGCCGGCCUCUAGGGCUCCAACCUCCUGCCUCGGGGAACGGAGAAUGACAUAGGAAUAGGAAUUCGGAGGUCCGCCCAGGUUCUCGGAUCCGCGGAACUCGCGCGGGCCUCCGAGAUUUUAUGUUUAUGGCAUUGUUUGUUCCCCUAUCUUCGUCUCUCAAUGACGUCGCCGAGAUGCAGCAGAAGCUCUUCGCGGGGCGCUCGGAGCCUCGCCCAGGCAGCGGCAGGACGACCCAGCGCGAGGCCGAGGCUUUCACGGUCCCCCCGCUGCCAGGAGUGGAGCUGGGCAGCAGCGAGGCCAUCAGCGACCAGUCGAGCGACACCGAGUCGACCUCCGACCUCUCCACGGAGUCCCUGGUGCCUUCCCGGGCGGGCACCUGGCGCCACCGGGCCCGCGCAAUCGACAGCGAGGUGGAGCGGCCCCCUGCCGUGUCGGGACGCGUCCGUCUCGCCGGCGAGCCCUGCCGUCCAGAGGAGGGGCGCAAGCCUGGCCUCCCUCUGCGGCCGCAGGAGGCCUAUACCUCGACCACCGCAGGCCCGGCCGACCUCGGCGGCGACGAGGGCCUUCAUGCCCGGCCCAAGGGGCCGCCCCCUCGGCCGCAGGCCGCGCGAGCCCGCCGACAUGCAGGGAGUUGGCCGCUCUCGGUCUUCGUGCUGUGCACGUGGAUGCAUGUGACGACUGUUGGCUGGUUGCGCCCCCUCUCUUCAGGGGCAACGAUAGGGGGGAUAGGCAUAGGGGGGCACUGGGAUAUGUGCGGCAGCAAAGGCAGCCUCCACGCCAAAUCGGAGGUGCCUUGUUUCAGGAGCAUGUGACCUGCAAGGCUGCGCAGGUUCGGAGGCGGGCAGACACGUGCUCUUCGCCGCUCGGCACUCAGAGUAGAAGGAUGUGCCCAUGGAGCAGGCCUUCAGGGCGCGCACCCAGAGUAGGCACGCAGAGCACGCCAAAGCACGGCCCACUGUCCCGAGGGAGCCUCAGCACCGCGUGCCAGUGCGGCUUUGGCUAUGGGAGGCCGCCGCAUGUGCUUUGCAGUCGUUUUUUUGGUUGGGGGGGUGGGGGUCCUCCACCCUCCCUCCGUAGCUGCAGCGGCAGGAGCCUUACCCGCGGCACGGUAACGCGAGUGUGGGGCAUGUUCUUGCUUAAUUGACGGAAAGUGCCACGAUAUUUGUUUCAAGCGGCACAGUUCGCAAUCGAAUGGUUUGUGCCAGUUGAUUGUCCAACUUAUACAUUUAAUACAGGCGCCAGGGCGCCCACGAAAAUUCCGUUGCUCGGACCAGGUGGUCGGCAUCACCCGCACAGUUUCAUAUAUCUCCUGUUCUUCCAGACAGGUCAAAUAGUUGGCAAGCUUGGACCUGAAUGACCACCACGGCCAAGGCUGCGGUCAGGCGGCCCAGGCAUUUGACAGCACGCGUGCAGAUGCUUUUAAGAGCCUCGGAGCGAACAGUAACGUAAAAACACACUGCAAAUUGGCCGACGC